AAUGUACACGUCUCUCUGAAAACAGCAAAUUCGAAUAUUAUUUAAAAAAAAAAUCUAUAAAAAUGAAAAAACGCGUGGCGAAAAAACGAUCUCAAAAACCGAUAUUUUAUGCUUUGGCAGCUUUAUUUUUAGCUCUAACAAUAGCGUUGGUACUGGAUUUAAAAAAACCCUCAAAAACAGAGGAUGAUAAUUUAGAUCAAAAUGGCGACAAUAAAACAGAACCUUUUUAUAAUGCCUUUAAAUCAGCUACCGAACGUCCCCCAAAGCCACCACAGCCUCAUCCAAAAAGAUUUCCAAUACCCAAGAAUUGGACUCAUUUGGAUUGGAAUCGUAUGCGUGAAGAACCGAAAAUAAAAGUGAAUAAAUCUUAUUUUGAAUUGCCAAAAGCCGAAGGACCCAUAAGAGAUUGGGAAGAUUUCGAAAGCAUGAUGGAAGACUUGCAACGUGUUGGUAUUGGAGAGCAAGGCGAGGCAGCUUAUUUGAAAAAUGAUUCAUUGUUGGAAUUGGAAAAGAAAUUAUCUAAUGAAAAUGGUUUUAAUGCUUUGCUAUCGGAUUAUAUUUCCGUAAAUCGUUCAGUGGCGGAUGUAAGAGAUGAGAGUUGCUUAUCAAAAUCAUAUUUGGCCCAGUUACCCACCGUUAGUAUAGUCAUACCAUUCUACAAUGAAUACUUUUCCGUAUUAAUACGCACACUCUACAGUAUUGUCAGGCGAUCUCCAGCCGAAUUAUUAAAAGAAAUCAUCAUUGUAGAUGACUACAGCGAUCGUGAGUAUUUGAAAGAAGAACUGGAACAGUAUCUCUCGCAACAUUUUGGCGACUUAGUAAAAAUCAUACGUUUAAAGGAACGUACAGGUCUGAUUGGCGCACGUUUGGCUGGUGCCCGUCAAGCUACCAGUGAUGUUUUGGUAUUCUUUGAUUCCCACAUAGAAUGUGGUUACAAUUGGUUGCCACCUCUGCUACAACCAAUUGCCCUUAAUCCUAAAAUUGCUACCUCACCCAUAGUGGAUGUUAUUGAACAUGCCACAUUUGCCUAUAGGGAAGCUGUUAAGACAGCUUUAAGGGGAGCUUUUGAUUGGAAUAUGAUUUACAAGUUAAUGCCUCAAUUACCAGAAUUCUCAGCCGAUCCUACCGAGCCUUAUCCCAAUCCUAUUAUGAUGGGUGGUCUAUUUGCCAUUAAUAGGGAAUAUUUUUGGGAACUGGGUGGUUAUGAUGAGGGUUUGGAUAUCUGGGGUGCCGAACAAUAUGAAUUGAGUUUUAAAAUAUGGAUGUGUGGCGGUUUGUUAUUUGAUGUGCCCUGUUCGAGAGUGGGUCAUGUUUUUAGGGGACCAAUGGAAACCAGACCUAGUCCUAGGGAUUAUAAUUUUGUGGCAAGGAACCACAAACGUGUUGCUGAGGUCUGGAUGGAUGAUUACAAACAUGAUUUCUAUGCCCGUAAUCCCACUGCCUAUGAAAAUUUAGAUACCGGUGAUUUGACGAAACAGAAAGCCUUGAGGGAGUCAUUACAAUGCAAAUCAUUUCAAUGGUUUCUGGAUGAAAUUGCUCCCGAUUUGCUGGUUAAUUACCCAAAUAAAGAAAAGGAAAAUUAUGCCUCCGGUGUUAUACAAAGCCAGGCCUUUCCCUCUUAUUGCCUAGAUACUCUCAAUGGUGGUAGUAAUAGUAAAGUGGGUCUCUACACUUGUGCCGUAAAUAAGACACAUCCUCAGCCUAAUCAGUACUGGCUUUUAAGCCCUAAACGUGAAGUUCGCCUACACGACAAGGCACUCUGUCUGGAUGUGCAAAGUAUUAAGCCCAAUGUACCGGUCUUAAUGUGGGAAUGUCAUCAAAUGGGUGGUAAUCAAUUCUGGGCCUAUGAUGUCGAACACCAAUGGUUGGUUCAUGGCCAGGCGGGAGUUAAUUGCCUGGAGGCAGUGGAAAAGAAUGGCAAACUAUCAGUACGCGGUAAUGCUUGUGAUAAUUCCAAUCCCCGCAUGAAAUGGCUAUUUGGUAAAGUUAAUCUUGAAUUAAUGGAAACAUUUUAUGAAGGAGUUGAUCUUUAAAGUUAACCCUCGUAGUUUUUAGCAUAAAAUAUUAAAUUUUCUUAAUUGUAUUUAAAUAUUUUCAAGUUUUCACAUGUUUUUAUCAACCAAUAAUUUUUGUUAAAAAAAUAUGUAUCUAAAAUAUUGCAUUAUGCCAACUCUUAAAGCCUC